AUGCGCAAUGUUCCAGCCAAACCCCCAAGACCAUCUCCACCUGCGCCUUCACAGGGCCCGGUCAGUCAUCUUGACAGCCGAAGAAGACUUGUCGAGAUCCGUGCAGCACAGAGGACCUUUGAGGGCGCUUACAUGCGCACCGCCCUUUCGCAGUUCUCCUUCGCACUCAUUAUCCUGAAGAUUUUCACCUCUGAGUUCUAUGCCAUCGGGGCUCUCUUCGCCGUUUACGGCGCCGCUGUCAUGCUCGUCGCCAUCUACCGCCGUCAUGAGGGCAACCGCCAGUUCUUUACCUCCCCAAAGGAGGACGUGGAUGGCUCCGUCUCCGUUGUCCGCAAGUUCCGCACCUCGGGCAACAGCGUCGCUCUGCUCACCGUCCUCAGUUUAGCUGCAUACAUUACGCUUCUGGUGCUCACGUGGCAACUCGUACAUUGA